ACCGCGGGGCGGCGCGGGCCUUGGGGAAGAGUAUUUGUCAAUGUGCGAGCCAAGAUUGCAGGAAACUACGGUAACUGAUAGGCUCUAUAAUCAGAGCCCACUGUCUACGGUUUUAGCAACGGCCAGUGUUAUUGUGGAGUACGUGAUUGAGGGUCGGCAUUGUGAUCAGUCUGGCUUCAUAUCACUGAAGCCGAUGUUGGGCCUAGUGGAGUCACUGAGUGAGUCCUGCAGCUGCUAGUGAUACGGGACACCCGCCUCCAGGCGCGCAAUGUUACAGAGCAUCGGUCUGACCCUGUUGGUUUUGGUCGCCACUCUCUUAUGCGUCCUCUUGUUUAUGGUUUUUGGUUGGUAUGUCGUUUGGCAGCUGUUCCUGUCCAAGUUCAAAUUUCUUCGUGAACUUGUAGGUGACACCAGCUCGCUGCAGGGAGACACUGAGCCAAUAGAAACUGAAAGUGUAGGAGGCUUGCCACCCACACCUGUACGCCACAGACCUAAGUCAGCCCGUGUACGGAGAGCACCAAUUGAAGGAACAACGUAGAGAACCAGACUUUGUUUCCUUCUUAUUUGAAAUUGCUUAUUGGCUUUUAAGCAACAUAGAGCCUGUGACGGAUUUGCUGUGCUUUAUUUGAUUGUAUAAUUGACUUGCUCAAAAUACAUUUCUCAGAAUCGGAAAAUGUAAAGUUUUUGGGUUACACAGAAUUGCAUGGAUGUAAUUUAAUUUACCUGAGUUCCAUUUCCUGAUUUUCUCGCAGUGCUCAGAAAAUCAACUUGCAUAUUAGUUGGUCAGUUUCUUGGACCUAGAUUGCAGGAGUCCUGCAUCAAACUGUGCUACCAACUAUAACCUAAAUUUUAUUGAAUAUGUUUCUGAAUUGCUCAAUAACUGAACUAAAUACUGAGUUUGUGUUGUGAAGUAGCACUUUUUAGUAUGUAUGUUGUUUGAACUUUGCUUUAGGUGCUUCUCAUUUUUAAAACUUUUCACAUAAUUAUGAAGAAACAUGGAACAUGUUUACAUUAUGGGUAUUCCAUAUUCUGCUUGCAACUUUCCUGUUUAAUGUGUUAAUAGAACAACCUGACUUGCUUUCAUUUAGAUUCUUAACAAUGUGAGAUCUACAAAGCUUAACAUUUCAAAAAAGGUGAUGAGCUCUUUAGAGACUAUUUAGAGACUAAUGAUGGAAUUAAUAUUUCUAUUCACUGACAUACUUUAUCAGUUUACCUCUUGGUUUCAUCACUUGCACUAUGACUAUCAUUUAUAGACUGAAAUAUUUGCAUUUUCACCCAUUUUUACUUAGUUUUACAACCACAAAGGUGUUCAUCAUUAAUUAUAUGAGGGGGUUUCAUAACACUUUAUGCAAAUUGAGGCUGAUUUAUUUGCUUAUUGCUGUCUUUGGCCAUUACAGUGAGACCGACAUUUUCAACUUUGAAGGCGACAUUCAAUUUGCAGAAUGUCCGUCACAUGCAUAAGCCAGUAGCAAAGGUCCUAGGUGAAAUAAUGUUUGCCAGCCCUUGGCAACAUGGGCUGAAGGCAGGAAUAAUUGCUGUAGAAAAUUCAAAUUAUCUUGAACUCCGGAAAAAAUGGUUAAGCUUGAAAGUUGACGCAAAUGGUUAAAGGAGAGUGGCAGUGGUUUUUCUUGGUGUUAGGUUGUGCAAUACUUAUUUUGAAAUGUUUUGCGCUAAUUCUGAGCACUUAUAAUGGAAAAUUUCCAUUCAACUGACAUUUUUCGUGAUGAGUGCAGAGAUUAACUUUUUCUUCUCUCCUUUCUUAAUUAAACAAGAAUAAUGUUGGAAGCCCCUCCUUUAGAAAAAAGUACUGUGUUUCCAGGGGGCAUUUUAAGGUUGUGGUGUUGGACAGUUUCUCUUAUAGUCCACUGCAUGAAAAAAAAUAAUUUGGGAGUUUGCAGACAAAACAAUAUAAGUGGGAGAGAGCAGAAGAUCGUUGAGAGGUCUUACAAAGAAUUGAUUUUUCAACUGAGUUUUCAGCAGUUAGUUUGAGCUUCAGUUUGUAAAUGUAAUUUGUGAAUAGGUUGUAUUGGACAGCUUUCUUGAUUUAUUUCACACAGCAUGUAGUCUUUCAAUACAUCCUCAAAGUACCUCUCUGAACCAUCAUGGCAGAAAAAUAUCUUUUCUUCUUGAAUGAUUACACCAAAAAAAUAGUUUUACGUGCAGUUUUAAUUUUAUUCUGUCACCAGAAAGCCAUUGUCAUUGCAUGGUAUCUCUGGUGUAGCCAAAAAGUACCUGUAAAAACUUGGUAGCUACAUCAUUACACCCUUUUUUAAACUACGUACUAUUAACUUCUUUAGGCAUGCUGACUUGUGCCACAUUUAUAAAAAAUGGUCUUGAAUGGUCACAUUUCACUAGAUGUAAAGAUGAUCAGGCAUUUGUUGAUAUCUCAUGUGGCUGUGACCCAGUAUGGUCUUCCUCUUGUUCACAUCAAGUUUUCAGUGGGCAUUUGACACAAUCAAUCCCUCCGUCCUCCAAUACCAUUUUAGUUUCUGUAUUAUUCCAGGGUUCUACAUUCUACCUUUUUUUGUCGUAGCUAGUAGUUCACCUCUUAUAGGCCCUGCUCCAAGAUCUUGUUCAUAGUCUGGCUGUUUUGUUCUAUUCCUAUAAUUCCAACAUAGUUAUAAUUCCCUCAUUUCUGCAUCAUCUCUGGCUUGUUGAAAGGUUUAGUGCCUCUCAUCUUCUAUCUUUCAUUGAGCCUGUGGUUUGCUGUGACAUUAUCUGUAUACACUGGAUCAGCUAAGACAAUAUCUAAUUUUGUGUUUCCCCUGCAGUCUUUAACACCACAGUUCUUGGAUAAUGUUUAACAUCAUGUGCCCAAUUAGCCGUAGUUUUCACCAGCUCAGCAAUGGAAUUACAGUUAUGCAGGCAUUGGCGGAAUGAAUGCGAAAUACUUUCUUGUCUCAUGGGCAGACAUAACCAUUGGUAUCCAUUUGAAAUCAUCACAGCUAAUUUAGCAAGAGAGACUGAGAGAAAUCUUUGCUACAGUGUAACGGUGACAGAAAUUGAUACAUUCAAAGUAGAAAAAUAUACAGAGCAGGCAAUGGAAUCAUUAUGUAUUUCCAGGCUUUAGAACUGGCAAAACCACAAAUGGCCUCCAUUUGGACUAAAUCCUUGGAUAAUCUUUAGCUCUGAGCAGGAGGCCACCUUUGUAUUUGGUUUUGACCAGAAGAUAUUUCUUCCCAGUCAGCAAUUUCAACCUUUAUCCAGCAGCUCAAUUAGACUGAACCCAACAGAUCAAUAAUCCUCUUUGAUCCUGAGCUAAACUUCCAACCCAACAUCCAGUCUCUUCUUCAAUGCUGCCUACUUUUUACCAUUGAAACAUCUUCUGACCUACGUCCCUAACUUCUGUAUGACAUCACUGAAACCAGUCUUUGGGUUUUUGUCACCUUCCAUCUUGAUUUCUUUAGUACAUGCUACAUUCCAAUUGCUUCGUUCUUUGUUGACACCCAAAAAUGAUCCUGUGCUACUUAUCAACUUUAAAAUCCUUUUCCUUAUUAAUUGUUCCAAUGGCCUCCAUUCUGCCAACCUUUGUAAUGUUUCUAAGCCAUACACUCCAGUACCUCUUGUGCUGUUCUAAUUCAGUGGUAUUCCUGCUCGUUUCUCAAUACUUUGCUCCACAGUGGAUUUCAACCAUAGUGUCUUUUGUGGAAUUCAUUCUCCAAGCCCUGCAUCUGUCUUUCUUCCAACAUUUUAGACUUUUUUUUGACUCUGCUUUCAGCCACAUCCCAAAUUUUAUUCCUCCUGUUUGGAAUAUCCCAAUUCUCCUUUUACAACAUUUGUUCAUACAUAAAAAAAACACUAUAGAAGUUUUAUUUUGCAAUUAUUUUACAAACUUUUUUUUGUUUCGAAUGGCAUUUAGCUUGAUAUUUCUGGGGACCAUGUGAGGAUGUACAAUAGCAUGGGUAACCAAGCAAAGUCAGGAUACACUUGCAUUGUUCACUUCAAUUGCAGGACGUCAUAAUUAUCUUCCUUUUAUGUCCUAUUUGGCACCCAGCCAAAUUGCUGCAAAAACCAAAGGCAAACUAUCGCAGCCAGUGACUUUUGGGGAUAGACCCAGGUAAUGGACCUGUGAAUGGGUGGAAGAUCAUGAGAGGGAGGAAAUGAGGGAGAAAGUCUUUUUGUGUGAAGAAGGCUGCAGUCAACAGAGGGGAGCCACGUGCUUCCUUUAGGAAACAGAGGAUACCUACUCAUCCCGACGCAAAACAAAUGCUGUCAAAGGUACUCACUUUUUUUGACCUGGCAUCCUACAUCUGGGAAACUCACAUGGCUCCUUUAAAUCCAACUCCCACUUGCAUGUUGAGAACAUUACUUAUAUAUGUCAAUGAAUUGUCUACACUCAAGAAGUUGAGGACUCCAUCAUGAAGUAAUAGCUAUGAUUGAUGGAUGGGUCCUGUCAAAGCCAUUGUGUCAGCAACUUACAAGGUAAAAAGCUGUUCUUGUUGCCCAAACUGAGUGUCUAGUAUCAGAUCGGCUACCUCAAAUUUUGCAAUAUGUAGGGUGCUUGUGUUUUCAUGGUAAUGAUGGUACAUUCAGAAUGUCUUUGUCGUACAUGCCACUCUGUUUUAAGUUUAAAAAUACAAUUGUUGCAAUGUAAAAUUGAAUAGGUUGCUAUAGAUCUAAUGUUUCUGGUUAACUUUGAAUUUUAGUUUGAAUCCCUUUUACAUCUAACUUAUUAGAAUGCAUAUUGGACUGUUUAUUUGACUGCAGAUGCUUUCACAGUGUGUGUACAAUAAAUUUUGUGGUCAUGUUCACACACAGUAUUGCAGAUGAGGUAAAUGCUGCUUUCACUUAACAAUACCCCUAAUAUGUUUUCUGGUUCUUUAAACUGACUGCUGUAAUUGGAACAACAGAAUAAAAUUGAAAGAAUAUCACUGUA